AGGGGAGAGGAGGGGAAGGGGUGGGGAGGGGGGAGGAGGGAGGAGGGGAGCGGGGAGAACUCGGCCACUUGGGCCGUUGCAGGCAGCGGAGAGCAGGGGUGUGGACCAGCUGGCGGCCGGUCGCUCGGAGAUGGCGUUAAAUGCCAACUGUAGGGUAGCAGCCGUGUCAAGCCGGGAGAGCGGCGCGGCGGCGCUGCCCGAAGUGGUGGAGUUAAACGUGGGAGGUCAGGUCUACUUCACCCGGCUGUCCACCCUGACCAGCCUGCCCAACUCGGUCCUGGGCAGGAUGUUCGGGCACAAGAGGAACUCCGGCAGCCCCGACCUGGCCCGGGACAACCGCGGGCGCUUCUUCAUCGACAGGGACGGCUUCUUGUUCCGCUACAUCCUGGAUUACCUGCGCGACCGCUCCGUGGUGCUGCCCGACCUGUUCCCGGAGAAGAUGCGCUUGCGGCGGGAGGCAGAGUUCUUCCAACUGCCCGACCUGGUGAGGAUGCUGAGCCCGGAGGAGAGGCAGAGUCCCGGCCUGGAGGAACCCUCUCACAGCGACCAGGAGGAGCUGUCUCAGGGCAGCGACCUCCCCCGGCCCGUGAGCCAGACGGCCGAGCGCCGAGCCGGCUUCAUCACCCUGGGCUACCGGGGCUCCUGCGUGCUGGGACGGGACAACAUGCAGGGCGACGCCCGCCUCUUCCGACGGGUCCCCCGCAUCCUCGCCUGUGGCCGGAUCGGCCUCCUCAAGGAAGUGUUCGGGGACAACGUGAACGAGAGCAGGGACCCCGACCGAACCCCGGACAGGUACACGUCCCGCUUCUAUCUCCGCUACCGGCAACUGGAGAGAGCCUUCGACACGCUGGCCGAGGCUGGCUUCACUCUGCUGGGCAGCAAUUCGUCCCUCACCGGCUCGGCGUGCGGCCAAGCGGUCGACGACAGGGCGUGGAGCAGCUACACGGAAUACCUCUUCUACCGUCUGCCAACCACCCUGUGUGCACCCCCGUGAAGCAGCACUACUGGACUGUCCUGCUGGUCCAGCCUCUGCCUAGCCACCAGCUCUGGACAAGGAGGAAUGUCAUCCUGGCCACCAUCUCCUGCAUACAGGCAGCGAGCAGUUUCAGGGGUCUCGGGUGGGAUGUUGCCAGAUCUCAAGUCUCCUGAAACCUAUUUUUUAUUAAUCUUUCCUCUGAGUUCCUGAAUCCCUUGACGACUGAAUUCACACACACCUUCUGUCUAACCCCCUUACUGAAUGGUCUGGUGCUGGAACCGUACACAUCUGUCCCGUUUGGCCACUUUGUUCCUUGGGGUCUCAUCCUAGUGCCCUUUCCUUUUGCCCCCCCCCCCCGAAUGUACUAUUCAUUCGGGAGGGGGAGUGAGCUUUUAAUGUAAAACUCAAAGUUCUCACUGAUCUGAGCCACCAUCGUUCGUUGUACCUCAUCAAAAGCUUUUCACUGUACCUCGGUACACGUGGCGCCAAACUAAACUGAACUAAACUAAACUAAGAACUAAAGAUAGACACAAAAAGCUGGAGUAACUCGGCAGGUCUGACAGCAUCUGUGGAGAAAAGGAAUAGGGGACGUUUUGGGUCGAGACCCUUCUUCAGACUAAAAACUAAAAUCUCGGUCUCAGCGAAGCAAAUUAUUCCAAAAGCCAUCUCUGCGAACCUGAGGAAGAGGAAUCGUGUAAAAGAAAGAUACUGUGAACUGCAACUUGUUACUGUGAUUUUAUGUACUAUAUAUAUUAGCAAGUUAUGCUUAAACUCUGUUGUAGUAGAUAUAAAGGUGCAAUAGGCAUCAUGCAGAGAAGGUGCAUGGGGAAUUACCUGUAAUAGUGUGAACCCUUAUUUGUCAAAUUGAUUUGUCCAUAUGAUUUGUGUGAGUGAAAAGCAAUGUUAGUGACUUCAGUAACGCUGGAUUUCUUCAAGUCUCAGUGGUCAUACCACCUUUCCUAGAUCGGGGAAUUGCAAAGUAGCCUGUAUGUAUGAAGUGGCUGUUGAUUGGGUUCAUGUCAUUUGGACAUACUGUUUCUGUUGGCAUUUGGUGCAGCCAUAUUAUUGAUUAUCCCCAUUAGUACAAUGGCACGCCAUGAUAUAACAUGGCACCUUGUUUAAUGGCAGUAGAACAUAGAACAGUACAGCAUGGGAACAGGCCCUUCGGCCCACAAUGCCUGUGCUGACCAAGACCAACUCUUAUCUGUCUGCACAUAAUCCAUAUCCCCCCCCUUUCCUUGCAAAUUCAUGUGCCUAUCCAAAAGUCUCUCUUUAGUUUAGUUCAGAGAUCUAUACAGCAUGAAACAGGCCCUUCGGUCAUCAUCCACGCCGACCAGCAACCCCUCACACUAUCCCUCACACUAUCCUAAGCCAAUUAACCUACAAACCUGUAGGUCUUUGGAGUGUGGGAGGAAACAGGAGCACCCGGAGAAAACCCACGUGGUCACGGGGAGAACGUACAAACUCCAUACAGACAGCACCCGUGGUCAGGAUCGAACCUGGGUCUCUGGCGCUGUAAGGCAGUAACUCUACCGCUGUGCCACCAUGACGCCCUUAAGUGCCACUAUCGUAUCAGCAACCUACUCUUUCUAAAGGUAAUGGGGAAGGGGAAACGCAGCAGGGAAUCACAGCUUGAUGGUUUCGAUGAGUUUUGGGUUAAUAAUCAGCCAAAUAAUUUAUGUGCGAUUGCAAUUUAAAUGUACCACCCGAACUGGGCAAUCCUCCUUCCAGCCAUGCCAACACCCUGGGGUGGUACUGACUUCCCUCCCUCCUGGCCACAUGCAAACAGCAUUGGCCUCUUGUGAACCACAGUCUAACACCAGCAGAGCCAGCAUUUCCCUUAGGGCUCACGGCCAUCUUGUUGAUGAUUGAGGGAUUCCUGAUUGGGGCCAGUCUGCCUUCUAAAAGAAUCACCAACAUUAUUUUUUUCUUCAUGGGAUUUAACAAUCACCUGGUCCAUUUUGAUUACACCUCCUGGAGUAGAUUUUCUACUUUAACUUGCUAUAUCUUUAAUAGUAUUACCUCAUCUUUACAAUUUUUAGUUUAGUUUAGGGAUACAGCGUGGACACUGGCCCUUCGGUCCACGAGUCCACGCCGACCAGCGAUCACCUGUACACUAGCACUAUCCGACACAUUAGGGACAACUUACAGAAGCCAAUUCACCUACAUGCAUGUCUUUGGAAUGUGGGAGGAAACCAGAGCACCCGGAGAAAACCCAUGCGGUCACAGAGAGAAAGUACAAAUUCCGUACUGACAGAACCCUUAGUCAGGAUCGAACUCGGGUCUCUAGCGCUGUAAGGCUGCAACUCUACCACUGCGCCAACAUUUUAAACAUAUUUUGAAAUUGGGUUUAAGAGAGUGUUUUUCAAAUGAGGUUUUGGUGUGUAUCAAUUAUGAAAAUGUUCUUUCUCAUUUAAUAGGUGGCAUUAGCACUGCCUUUGAAAUAAUUGCAUUAACAUCGCACAAAUGCAGAGUAAGGCAGCGAUAUAUUUCACAAACAAUGUUUUGGUGUGGAAUCUCAGCAGCAAAUAUUUUACAAUGUUGUUAUCCUGAAGUUGAACAAAAUAAGUCAAAUCAAAUCUGAUGCUUAAAGUUUAAUAUAGCAACAGACGAAAGAUGUAAUUCUAAUAUAUUGGCUCGAAAUAUGAAUUUCAAAUAAAGUUUCUUGUGAAAUACUCCAGAGUUGUUUGAACACUCUUUGUAGAGGAGAUGUUUAAUUUCAAAAUGCAACUUUUCUCUUGGUCAGUGUGUGCAGUGAAUUCCAACAGCAUCAGACAUAGAUGAAUACUUCAGAAAGGAAUAGCAAAGGGGCAUGUGAAACAUUCAUGUCGUGUCAGAUUGAGUGACUUUCUCAGACUAACAUACAGAGAAGGGUUCUGUUCAAAGUUUGAUUACAGGAAAUAAAAACAAAACAUAAAGGGAGAAAGCGUAAAGCUCCCAUGUUUCUCUAUAAUAGUCUUUAAAUGUGUCUACCAUAAGACCAUUAGACAUAGGAGCAGAAUUAGGACAUUCAGCCCAUGAAGUCUGCUCCAUCAUUCGAUCAUGGCUGAUCUAUCUUUCCCUCUCAAUCCCAUUCUCCUGCCUUCUCCCCCAUCACCAUUGAUACUCUUCGUUGCCACAAGAUUGAUGAUUCAAACCUCUUGCGCAAGUUGAAGAGGGGUGAUCAAAGUUUAACAAGUAAUUCUGUCAGAGUUCAUUAAUUUAAUAAUAAUGUACAAUAUUUCCAUCACAUGAAUAAAAAAUGUAAGAUAUGUUGCAUUAAGAAAUAAAAGGUAGUGCAGUCACUGAAUGAUUGAAGAUAGACUCAAAAUUCUGGAGCAACUCAGCGGGACAGGCAGCAUCUCUGUAGAGAAGGAAUAAACAAUGUUUCUGGAAAUCGAAACAUCAUCCAUUCCUUUUCUCCGGAGAUGCUGCCUGUCCCUCUGAGUUACUCCAGCAUUUUGUGUCUAUCUUCCGUGUAAACCAGCAUCUGCAGUUCCUUCCUACACAUUGAAUGAUUAUUGAAUCUGUUAGAGAUCAAAAUAAGUUUUGCCUUUGCAGUCAGGUUUUAUGACCAACUGUAGAUUGUUAUGGCCUGUGUUAGUACUCUGGUUGUGCUGGUCGUACAUAUAGGUGGUAAUGCACAGGCCGUACUUUAGGGUUUAGAGGUACAGAGAUGAGAUACAGCAUUGAAAAAGGCCCUUUGGCCAACCAAGUCCACGUCAACCAUCGAUCACCCAUACACUAUAUAAACCAUAUAACCAUAUAACAAUUACAGCACGGAAACAGGCCAUCUCGGCCCUUCAAGUCCAUGCCGAACACUUAUUUUCCCCUAGUCCUAUAUACCUGCACUCAGACCAUAACCCUCCAUUCCUUUCCCGUCCAUAUACCUAUCCAAUUUAUUUUUAAAUGAUAAAAACAAACCUGCUUCCACCACUUCCACUGGAAGCUCAUUCCACACAGCUACCACUCUCUGAGUAAAGAAGUUCCCCCUCAUAUUACCCCUAAACUUCUGUCCCUUAAUUCUCAAGUCAUGUCCUCUUGUUUGAAUCUUCCCUACUCCAAAUGGGAAAAGCUUAUCCAUGUCAACUCUGUCUAUCCCUCUCAUCAUUUUAAAGACCUCUAUCAAGUCCCCCCUUAACCUUCUGCGCUCCAAACUAUCAAACUACCUAACUUGUCCUAACUUGUUACACUAGUUCUGUGUGAUCUCACUUUCGCAUCCUACACUCCAGGGGCAAUUUACAGAAGCCAGUUAACCGACAAACCUGCACGUCUUUGAA